GCUGGCCAGCUAAAUUACGUGGAUCCAGCUACUGGCUACGUGGUGCUCACGCAGCUGGCCCACUUGCAGAGGGGCGAGUGCUGCGGCUCUGCCUGCAGACACUGUCCAUAUGGUCAAGUCAAUGUUAAAGAUCCAUCUAAAAAGAAGCAAUUCAAUUCAUAUUUUUAUGUUUGAGAACAACUUCAUACUCUGUUCGGUUGGACCUGUAUUAAAAAAUAAUAAUAAAUCUCUGAUCCAGACUUACUCUCUGUGCUGUUGGGAUUUGAGCACUAGUUUAAACUUAAAUACUUACGUUAAAAGAACAUCAAUAAAAUGAAAAGCUAACAAA